AACAACAGUUGUUCACCAGAUCGUUUCGUACGAACGUAAUUGGCCUCGUGAACAUUUUUUUAGAGAAACAUUUGUGCGUGUUAGUCAUGUUUUCGUGAUUCACACACUGUUUUACGGUGAAAUCACUCAUAAUCCACCGAAAAACCGGUCACAUUCGAUUUACCCCCUCAUUACCGUGCCCGGUGGUCGGUAUAGCCGAAAGGGUUCGGUCCUUUUUCCAAUUUCUACCCCACAAAAUCGAACUUACAAGCUAUUAAACAUGGCAGGCACCAUUUUGUUUUUGAGUGUUAUCCAACAUGUAUUCUAUUUUUACACAAACUUUUCUAAUGGUAUACAGUGACAUUCAUGUAUUUUUAAUCAGAGAAAACAUGGACACACGAUUAGGGGAGAAUAUUAGGGAACGAUCACGAAGGCCGAUUAGAAAUAAAAAGUACAACAGAAGAGUUUACGGUGAAGACAAGAGGCCGCCCAAGCGUCUGUUCACGCCGGAAAUCAAGAGGUUCCUCAAAGACUGGCUGGUAAGGCGACGAGAAAACCCAUACCCCAACAGAGAUGAGAAGAAAAUGCUGGCCGUGCAAACCGGCCUAACUUACAUACAGGUGUGCAACUGGUUCGCCAAUUGGAGGCGAAAAUUGAAAAACGCCGGGAAAGAACCGCAAAGGAAAACCUGGGGGGACCUCAUAAAGACGUACAACAGUCAGGUGCAGGGCAACGUGGAACACUUCAGCAUUUGUUCCGACGACAGUAUAUGGGAAGAACCGGAAGACGGAUACGAAGACGAGUACCACAACGAAGGCUACUCCAACAGUUCGCCGCACUACAAGGAGAUAGCCAACCCGGCCGACCACAGCUACACCUACCGUGAUAACAUAUACAACAACAACAAUCAGGAGCAACAAAACCAAUGCUAUUACGUCAGUUCGACAACUGAGCCCGAACUGGAAGCAGCCAAUCCGUUUUCCCAGUCGACUAAGUAUAAGAAUCACAUAAUGGAGAAGUACCUGAGGGACUGUCAAAAGCCGGAGUUCACUGAUGCUAACAAGACGGACGAUAAACCGUCGAUGAUUUCGAAGUGGUUAGAGAGUGCGGCUAACUUUAAGCCCAGUGAGAACAGCUACCUAGACUGGACCUUUCAGCAGAAGCAAAAGAAGAAGCCGAAGAAGGUGGCGCAAGAGGUGAAUACUUGGCAAGUGCACGGCAGGGAGGAACUGGAUGCAGCUGAAGCGUUAACCACCUUGGCUAAUUCUAGAAAACAGUAAUAAUUUUUGGAGAUGAUUUAAGACUUUAUUGGUUAUCGAGUUGUGUAACCAUUCGAAUAACGUUUUUCCAUUUUGCUAUAGCAAUUUAAUGUUAAUUCGAAUGGUUAACUUCUUUUAGAAAUAAUCAUAUUUGUACCCUAGUGAUAUACCAUAGUUAGGAAUUGUUUCAAUACAUUAAAAUUAUUAUUAAGGUACAAAUAUAACUGCAUUUAUGAAUAGCAUAUCAUAUUGUUUGAAAAUUAUAUAAUUAGGGGCAAUUUUCUGUGGAUUGAACUGUGCGAGUAUUUAUUAAUGAGUAAGUUGCAAGAAAUUAUUGUUAUUCCUAUUGUUUGAUUCCUAUUUAUACUUUGUAAAUAAUUCAUUUCAAUACUGUGAUGAUUGAUUACACUAACAAUCAAUUUAUACUUUAGAAUGUUACAAGUUGAUCUAACUGGGACGAUUUUGUUAUGUAGAUUAUAGACUGAUUUAAAAUUUGUUAUUGCUUGAUUUUUUGAAAAUAAAGGGUUUAAAAGACAAA